UUAUUCAGUGCUUUGUCAUGUUAGUUUUGUUGUAAAAUAUUGCAAAUCAUCUAAAGGUACACGCGUUAUUGCUUUUAAAUAUUAUUCGGAUUGGAUUGCUUUUCUGAUUUGUGGAAGGUUCACAAUUGUCAAAGGAUCAGAUGUGUGUAUGCGAUUAGAUCAAAUUUUAAUCAUUUGUAACAAUUUUUCAAAAUGAAAUUUUAUUUGUACCAUUUUUGAAAUUCCUACUGGUAGUUUUGAUGUAAACUAGAGGAAGGUCAAUCAAAUUGUAAAAUAUAGGUUAAUCUGACAUUGAAAAUAUUUACUUUUAGCUCAUUAAUUACAGACAUGCAUUAAUUUGUUGUGAUUUUACUAUUGAACCAAAGGACAAACUAUAUUAAAAUGGACGUGGAUAACAGUCAAUCUGAAGGGCCUGGAAGUUUAGAAAUAGAACAGUCCUUAUUACAACAAUUUAGUUGUAUGGGCACUACAGAUAAAGAAGAGCUUGUGCAACAAUUACAAAAACUCUUAGGGAGCCAAAUGAACCACUCAACAGCGGCAUUUUUUUUAGAUAUGAAUAAUUGGAAUUUACAGGCCGCAGUUUGUUCUUAUUUUGAUAUCGAAUCUCCGGCAAAACUACCUUCUAUGGCGCUAGUAUCUGAUCCCGUGGCUAAUGAGAGUGAAAGUGUUGAACCAUGUGUGAGCUUCAGAAAAGUUUGGCAUGUAUUAAAUAAUGGAGCGGAAGUGUGGCCCUUAGGUUGUCAUCUAAGAUGUGCCUCUGGCGUCAGUUUAGGAGCAGAACCGGUUCAAGUACCCUGUCUUCAACCUGGUGCCGGAACAUUUCUUAAUCUUCGUAUGACUAGCCCUGCUGUACCUGGAAUGUAUCAAAGUAAAUGGAGGUUGUGUACACCUACUGGUUCUUACUUUGGAGUAGAUUUCCAGGGUGCACGGUAGUAGAUAUUCGAGGAU